GCUCUUUCACAAGUGGGCGUUCUCAGUGGGGAUGAAUAACACUCAAGCAGAUUGUGAAAGAAAUCAGCACAAGUGGCUCAUAUGAUCUAAAACAGGUAUAAGUGGCCAUCUCAGGAGCCAAUAAAGGACUUUCGGCUUAUGCAACCAUCGGGCGCGGGGGUGCGUAAAAAUCCUCCAGCCAGCCAGCAUGCCAGACGCUUAAACCCAGGAAGACGCCCGUGCGAGCAAGUUUGGAAACGUGAAGCCGGCAGUAGAGUUGACAGCGCGCCGCCCACAGCCAGCCACUCAGCUGGAGUCGGAUCAGCCUCCGUCGGAGUUGUUUGGAGCUCAGAAAAAUAGACCGUGCGUAAAAAUCUACCAGCCAGACGCAGCGGCGGUGCCACGACAUGCAAGACUCGGCGCGCCAAGUCCGCAGAAAAGCCUCCUUGCCCGCACGGAUGUAUUGCUCUGCAAUAGCAGUUUCCUCCUAAACGGAGCGUAAUCUGAAGUAGAGGAAUGGUGGGUUCGUCCAUCCCUCUCCAUCGGCUCAGCUGCACCGAAGAACGAUGCUGAGCAAAUCAGCGGUGGGGUUUUCUCCUACAGCUACCAGACUGACUCGUUGGACACUUACCUCCAAAUUUUAAAUCAGUCCAUAAAUAAUGGAGAGCCUCAGCGAGCUCCAAAACCCUCUGCUGGACAAAACAAGCAGGCACGCGGUCCAGAACGACUACCAGGGCUACCAGUGUGACUUCUCAAACCAGCCGUACCAGGACAGCCUGAUCGAUUACUACUACACCGGGACCAGCGGCAAGCACAAGACUCCCCAGUUCUUGGACGCGACCUCUCUCCAUCUGGCUGUGGAGGCCUUUUACAGGCCCAACUUCAUCCUGUUCAAGGACGACGUCAGCCUUCACAGCAAGGACUCUAAGAGUGAGAGCUUCGAGACCACUUUCACCGAGUGUAAAGAUGCCGUCUCGUACGGAGUUCCCCCAGAAAACGCGGUGGACGCCAGUGCGCAGGGGGAGAAGGACCUGAAGAUCCAGACAGUGUCGUACGAGGUGGAGGAGGAGCAGUGUCCCGAGUAUGAGAGUGACAGCUCCAGCGACAGCGAAAGCGAAGACAACUUCAUCGUGCUGCCCCCUCGGGACUACUUGGGCCUGGCCAUCUUCUCCAUGCUCUGCUGCUUCUGGCCACUGGGCAUCAUUGCCUUUUACUACUCUCACAAGACAGGCAAGGCCAUCGCUAAGGGAGACUUCUCCAGAGCGGGGAUGAGCUCCAGAAGAGCCCUGUUCCUGGCCGCCCUGUCCAUUACGGUUGGAGCAGGGAUGUACGUGGGGGUGGUUGUUGCCCUCAUAGCCUACCUGUCCAAACCCGGACAUGUAUAGCACUGGGAGACCAAAUCCUGAGGGGGGGGGGGGGGGUAUGGAAGAGGAGGCAGCAUGGGAGGAAGGGAAAAGCUGGACGGAUCUCUGCUGCCUGCAGUAAACCUGCGUGAGAAAGAGGAGAAACUGUACAGAGAAAGACGUCCAAACCAGAGAGCAGAGGAUGGAAACGCUCCGUGUAUGGAGUAUUGCUUCAACCACAUAUUGAUCAACACAGACUCUUUAUUUCUGGUAUACGGUAUUUCCACCAAAGGAGCAAGAAAAAAAAAGAGACUACCCUCCUUUAUGCCCUUAGGCAUUCACUGCAAGUAAAUGUGAACUUUAGAAAAGAUGUUUUAUCUGUCUCAGUGUCUCGGCUACCCUGUACAUAGAUUUAUUGUUAAGCAGUUGGAAAAUCAGGUGUUAUGGGAUUGUUUUUUUUUUUUUUUUUUUGCUUGGUGAAUAAAGAAAAAAAAUGAUGACAUCACAUAAGAAGCAAGAAGAAGAUCCCAGACAGAAAGGACUAGGAGAGGGGGGGGGAAGUGGAGCAGCACAAGGCUGCAAAGCAGCGGACAUGAAGGUCAUUUGUGUCUGUUGUGUACUGUACAUUUAGUCAAUAAAUGCUCUUUGCAUGAAUAAUAAAAGACCUCCCAUGUC